AUGGCUGAAAAGACUUCCUACCGGAUUGCAUCUAUUCCCGGUGACGGAAUUGGCUUGGAAGUGGUGAAAGCGACCAUUGAAGUAGUCAACAAACUCGCGCAAGCCCUCGGUACCUUUGAUAUAGAAUUCGAGCACAUCCCAUGGGGAACAGACUACUAUAAGCAACACGGUCGAUAUGUGUCCGAAGAUGCCUUAGACAUCCUACGGAAGUUUGACGCAGGGUUGUUCGGCUCGGUGGGACAUCCAGAUGUCCCUGAUCAUGUCUCCCUUUGGGGCCUCCUCUUAGCCAUCCGCGGACCCUUACAACUCUAUGCCAACGUACGUCCCGUACGCACGUUUCCGGGUACCAAGUCCCCUCUCAACACUGCAGCCGAGGGAAUCGAUUGGAUGCUUGUGCGAGAGAACUCAGAGGGUGAGUACUGUGGGCAAGGCGGAAUCAGUCAUAUCGAUCAGCCAUGGGAAACUGCGACGGAGGUGGCGAUCUUCACUCGAGUCGGCAUCGAGAGGAUCAUGCGUUUUGCCUUCGAGACCGCACGCUCGAGGCCACGCCGUCAUCUCACGGUGGUGACCAAGAGCAACGCCAUGCGAUAUGGCAUGGUCCUCUGGGACAAGAUCGCAGAGGAAGUAUCCAGAGACUUCCCCGACGUGACUUGGGACAAGAUGUUGGUGGAUGCCAUGACUAUCCGUAUGGUGAACAAGCCGGAGUCACUGGACACUAUCGUGGGCACCAACUUGCACAUGGAUAUACUGUCUGAUCUCGCUGCUGGCUUAGCAGGGUCAAUUGGUGUGGCUCCCUCGGCAAACCUCGACCCUACUCGGAAGAAUCCUUCCAUCUUUGAGCCGGUACAUGGCAGUGCCUUUGAUAUCAUGGGGAAGGGCCUCGCCAACCCGGUGGCUACUUUCUGGUCUGCUGCCGAGAUGCUACGAUGGCUGGGCGAAAAGGAAGCGGCGAAGAAGUUGAUGGAAUGCGUUGAGAAGGUGUGCAGAGCUGGUGUCUUGACUGCUGAUCUUGGAGGCACGGCCACCACUCAAGGCGUGGUCGAUGCAGUUAAGAGGGAGAUUGAACACUUGAAGACGAAUUAGCUUCAGAUCUAGUAGCUUCUUAGAGCCAAAUACAAAAUACAGUAUACAUCAC